AUGGAGGUAGCUGAUGAAGAUUUCUGUAGGAGGUUACCUAAAAUCGAACUUCACGCCCAUUUGACAGGAAGUAUCACACUACCAAUCUUUCAAUCGAUAUGGCAACAGAGGGUCGAUACAGAAGCAGGUUUUGAUCUUCCUCCGCCUGAUCAAGUACUUGGGAAUCGAGCAGGUCAAAGUGUUUCUACAUUCUUCCCUCUGUUCAACACGUACCUCUACUCUCUAAUUUCUUCCCUUCCAUACCUCCUCACAGCUCUCAAAUCCGUUCUCGAAACGUUUCAAUCAGACAACGUCAUCUAUCUCGAACUCCGUACAACACCUCGUUCCUUACCUCCUCAUUCAGCAUCUGAAGUAAUAAUCGCUAUCAGUCAACAAAUACAAGAAUGGAACGUAUCUCAACUCAUGUGGACAGGUUUAAUCCUUUCUAUCGAUAGAAGUAAACAUUCUAUAUCUGAAGCUUGGGGGAUUCUCAACCUCGCGUUGGACCUCCGAUCUCGUGGAUAUCCAGUUGUAGGUCUAGAUUUAGGAGGUAAUCCCAUCAAAGGGGAUGUGAAGAUAUAUCGAGAGAUAUUCAAAGCUGCUAAACGAGAAGGUUUAGGGUUGACUUUGCACUUUGGAGAAAUUGAAGGAAGAGAUGAAGAACAAUUGGAAAUGUUAAGUUGGGCACCGGAUAGAUUGGGACAUGUCAUAUGGGUUAAAGAAGAGAUGAAGAGGAAGUUGGUGGAGAUGGACAUAGGGGUAGAGAUGUGUUUGAGUUGUAAUGAAGACGACCGGCAAGAAUCAUACGAAGCUCAAUAUACAUCUCAUCAUUUCGGUCAAUGGUGGUAUCUACCCAAUCCGAUAAGUAUCAACACUGAUGAUCUUGGAAUAUUCCAUUCUAUUUCUUCUUCCGAACAUUUCCUAGCUUGUAAACAUUUUCAUUUAUCUCGUGUUGAUCUUGUUCGAUUGUCAAGAAGAGCUUUGAAAGGUGUUUUUGGUCCUACCGAGGUUGUAGAUCUGGUUGAGAGGAGAUUAUCGGAGUUUGAACAGGAAGAAGGGAUACCGAUUUGA